AUGGUGGGAGAAAAGCAGAGGAAGAAGAUGAUGAACAGAGUAGUGAUGAUUGAAAAAGGAAGAAGCUUUAUGGGGUUUGAGAUGAUCUCCAUGGAUGAAGUGAUCAGAGGUCUUCUGGAACUUCUUCUUGGGGGUGAUGGUGGUGGUAAGCAGCUCCCUCCAUGCCCGCCUGGAAUUCCGAUGAUCGGAAACUUAGUGGGAAUGCUCAGGAACAGACCAACUACCAAGUGGAUAGUUCGUGUGAUGAACGAUAUGAAGACGGAUAUAGCUUGCUUCCGCUUCGGUCGUGUUCAUGUCAUUGCCAUAACGUCUGAUGAGAUUGCCCGUGAAGUCGUCAAGGAAAAAGACUCGGUGUUUGCAGACAGGCCGGACUCUUACUCCGCCGAAUACAUAAGUUGCGGGUACAAGGGGGUGGUGUUCGAUGAGUACGGCGAGAGACAAAUGAAGAUGAAGAAAGUGAUGACGUCCGAGUUAAUGUCCACAAAGGCUUUAGACUUAUUACGCGACGUUAGAAACUUGGAAUCCGACAACCUCCUCGCAUAUGUUCUUAACCUAUACAAGAAAGGUGGGUUAGUGAACGUAAGGGAUAUCGUAUGCACCCACACUCACAGUGUGAAGAUGAGACUCUUGUUUGGUCGAAAGCAUUUCAAGGAAACGACAAAGGAUGGGAGCCUCGGUCCGAUGGAGAAAGAACACCUUGACGCCAUUUUCAAGGCUCUUGAUUGUUUCUUUAGCUUUUACAUAGCUGAUUACUACUCUUUAUUUAGAGGAUGGAAUCUUCAAGGAGAGGAGGUUGUGUUAAGAGAAGCCGUUGAUGUUAUCGCUAAGUACAACAAAAUGAUUAUUGAUGAGAAGAUAGACUUGUGGAGAAAAAACUGCGAUGCAAACAAGAACGUGCCCAAGGAUUGGCUAGAUAUCCUCUUCACUCUCAAAGAUGAUAAGGGCAAGCCGCUGCUUACGCCAGAAGAAAUCACACAUCUUUCCAUUGAUCUUGAUGUAGUGGGCAUUGAUAAUGCAGUGAAUGUAAUAGAGUGGACAUUAGCGGAAAUGUUGAACCAAAGAGAGAUUCUUGAACAAGCAGUGGAAGAGAUUGAUAGGGUUGUGGGAAAAGAUAGACUUGUUCAAGAAUCAGAUGUACCAAAGCUAAAUUACGUCAAAGCGUGUAUCAGAGAAACUCUUAGACUUCACCCUACCAACCCUUUCCUCGUCCCUCACAUGGCUCGUCAAGACACAACUCUCGCUGGCUAUUUCGUCCCAAAAGUAAAUUGCCCUUUCACUACAAGAAAACGUAUCUUUACCGAGGAAGUUUAA